CCUUGACGGAUUGUCAGAAAAUUCUCUACAGACAUUCAUGAUCCCCAGAAGAUGAACUUUAGCAACUUUGGUUUUGGAGUCAGAUGAGAGAUGGGAUGUGGAAAUUCCUCACCAGCCACCACCAACAACAACACCAGCAGCAGCACUGGAGGUCGUGCUGAGUCUUCAUCAAAGGUAUCAAAUGAGUCUUUGCCUGAAGACGAGAAACGGAAGAACUAUGGAGGUGUGUAUGUGGGUUUACCAACAGACCUGAGCAGCAUUCCUCAAGUACAGAUAGGAUCACUAAGAGAGGUUGACAAAGACUCGUCCCUCAGGAAGCCACUGUGGGGGAACGGACUAUAAUUUUUAAUGAAGAGCCAGGAAGCUGCAGAAGAAAGAUGCAGCAAGAAAGAGUUUGUCGAGGGAGAAGAAGAAGAAGAUGAGGCUCUCCUGGUGUCCUCCUUCAGGUUCUCAGUGGUAUUAUCAGGAGCCCACCAAGUCUCAAAAGGGAAACAGCGGCAAGACUCAGUGGAGCUAAUCUUCUCUCUCGGCGUGGUCUGUAAGGAAUUACGUGACUGUGGAGCCUGUUGUAGUGACCCUGACAAACUGGUUCUAGACUUUCAUGCUUUUAUGGAAGCGGAUGUCGACCUGGACUCAAAGAAACAUGGACAGGUUUGCUGUUUAGAUCGUGGAUGAAGGUUUUUAUUCCAAACACAGAGGACUCCAUUGGGAGCUUUUCAUUCUGCCUUGUUGGCGUCCUGUAUAUUACAGUGAAUCUCUGAGAGAAUUGACUUAGACAGUAAAAUAAUCACCAACUAUUUUGAUUAGUGAUAAUUUUAGCCAUUUUUCAAGCAAAAAUGCUGAACAUUCUCUAGUUAAACCAACAUAAUACAACUAUUUAAUCUCAAAAUCUCAGCUGCAGAAUCACUGUGAUGGUUCACUGACUUGUAACAGGGAGAAUGGAGCCUCUGUCAUUCCCACUCUGCUCCCUGAACACCUGCUCCUGCUCUGUGUAACUGUGGUGAGUAGGUAUGAUCUCCCUCUAACUGAGUGACAGUCAGCAGCUUAAACUGCUGUAAUCAGGUCCAGCAAGUUCAAGAGUAAUGCUGAACUGUAGAUCAGUUAAAAAGACUCUGAAGUCAUUAAAAACCAGCGUUCAUCUCUGAUAUCCAGCCAGGAAACUUUGAAAAUAUCAAGAAUUAUGAAGAGAGUUUGGUGUGUUUGUUACAGUGACAGGCCAAGUGAUAAGUAAUAAAAAUCAUAAGCAAUAAAUAUAGUAAUAAGUAAUAAAAUAAUUAACUGAUAAUUCUAGGUUGCAGCCCUAGUGAGUGGUACUAAGGAAAACAUGGAUAUCAGAUAAAGAAUAUGGUAAACAUGAUAUAACAAGUCUGAUAUGUAAUAUUUUUCUUAUUGUCAACAAAUCCCAUGAAAAGACCAAAACCAACAUUAAAUGUCUCCUUCAAAGUA